CAAGCAGAAGGGGCAGCGCUGUGCACAUUUUUUGAUGGAAGAAGUAGAUUCGUUGCCUUCAACGCAGGCGGUGACGAACGAAGAGUUGUAAAGGGACCUGGCAGUGCUGCAGAGCGACAUUGUGCAAGUCGCACAUCACCUUCGCCGCAUGCUCGGCUCCUAAAGAGUGAUCUUCCGAUCUUCUCCUUCCAUAUCGCGCUCUGUGUAGCAUGCCCGGUCGCAAGACUGUGAGCCUAGCUGAGGCUGCCAAACGUGGCUACAGCAAGGAUAGCAGAUUGGCCAGGCGCGUGGCGCAUUUGCGCCAAGUAAAGUUUGCUGAUGCCACUACGCCCGGGAAGGAGACGGUGGUGUACGCAGCGCUGCGUGCGCUGUGGGAGGACAAGCUUGCCUCCGUCCAGGCUUCUCACCUGUUCUGCUUGUAUCUGGCUUGCUACGUGGUGGCCCGAAUUUGCGCGGGGAGAAAGCAGGGGAGGAUGCCUACUGCUCUGGUUGGCGGGCUGCUGACGACAGACCUGUUUGAACGGCUGAUCCAUGCCGAGGUCCCCCGCCACGGCACUACAUUGAGAUCCUGCGUCAAGCAGAUGCAUCUACACUCAGUGUUCAAGACCGGCAUCGAUGUGUGCGAUCAGCAGCCAAGCGACCCAUUCAAUGACAUGGGCUGUCAGUGGUGGAGGCAUUGGACCCAUACACCCUUGUCGCCUGAGCAACAGCGUCAUGUGCUUGCCACCAUGCUGUUCGUCCUGGCCACAAGGUCGCGAGACACACUCGCAUUUUUGCUAUCAAGGCCUGACUUUCUCCUUCGCAACUGCGCGUGCUUCGGCCAACUCUACGAUGCUCUCUACGCUGCUAAUCGCUUUCCUGGUCUUCAGGCUAACCGCGCUCGUAGCAAGCACACGUCCGAGCAAAAGACAUGGAGCGCAGAGCGCUUGUUGGAAGGAUUGCUUCGGCAGUUGUGGUAUGAGCCAGCGGCGUUGUCAGGAAUGUUGGCCGCUCAGACAGUGUCGCAGCUGGCGGAUGCCCUCGCACAUGUAACAGGUUUUGGCGGGGAACUGGUUUUCACACACACGCUCGAGUAUUUGCUGUCCUGGGACGCAAUGGCAGCGUUUCCAUUAUUUGGUAUUCGGAACUACCGGAAACAGCAGCUGACCCGUCACUGCCGACACGGAGCUAACAGCCAGGCUUUUCAACGCCUAGUUUGCGCACUCCGCCAGCGACAGCAGGCGGCGAGCUGGGGCUACUCGCAGAUAUGUUCUGAAGUUCGCAAGUGGCUGCCGAGUGAAGUCACUUUUGGCCAUGUGAGCGUAGCUGUAAAGUCCGACUUUUGCGUCUCUGAUGCCAGUCAGAAUGCAUGUCAGGCCAUUGCCGUCUUGCAGUUUUCCCGAAAGCAUGGCGAAGGGUUCUUCCGCUGGGUUCACUUGAGUUGUUCUCAUGAGACUCAUUACAAGGGAAAAAGAACGCAUCCUGCAGCGUUGGGCCGACCUCGCUUGCGAUGUUAUGCUUUCGGGCCAACCGUGGUCUAGUUUAUUGAGUGGAAAGCACGGCGGCAAGGAGCGUGCCGCCAAAGGAGCCGGAAACGCGCUUUAGCUCCCAACAUCGACUGGAAAGGAACAAAGAGGAUGUGCGGCUGAACAACAGUCAAUUGACUCGGUGCUCUCGCAGGUAAAAGAGAAGCCGGUGCUGGUAUGAAAGGGUGUUGUUGAUCUGGAAAGAUGUUCUGGUGCAUCGUUUCAGGGACGGGUAGAUUCUGGACAUCGG